GUUCCUAUAAUUUGGAAGUAUUAGAGUAAAUGUUGAAAAGUGAUUAGUUAGGAUAAGUAUAUAGUAGUAGGAUGUAUUAAUAUACAUGUUGACCAGGCUGUAGAAUAUAACACAAUUAGCCAAUUAGGCUAACAACUCUCUUCCACCUUAAUCAUCAUCACUAUAACCAUCAAAGAAAAAUCUCAGGAGCAAUAACACAUGGAGAAAUCAAAAUGUCCAAAGCAGUCUUUGUCAAUUGUUGCUAAUCUUACGCUUCCUCCUUUUCAGGUGGUGGUGGUGAAUGCAGAUUUGGGAUGCAGUCAUUGCAGGCGCAGAAUAUCUCAAAUCAUCUCAAGGAUAAAAGGGUUGAGGGAGUAUACAAUAGAUGUUGGGAAAAAGCAAGUGAUUGUAAGAGGAACUGUUAGAAAUCAUCACCAGAGGGAAGAUGGUGCAGUAAAGAGCCACAAGAUCAAUGAGCAUCAUAGCCGGAUUUUCGCGUUCUUUAGUUUACUGAACUUCAGAUGGAGCAUAACCAAGAAGAUGGUUGAUUAGUCAAAAUAAUUGAUGAAAUUUCAUUCAUGGGGUUGAGAAGUAUGAAUUUUCAUACUAACAAGGAGUCAAAUACAUGUUCUUUCGAGUGUUUAUUUGUUGAGAAUCCUGUGUUGCCAUUUGAAUACUAUGAUUUUCUCCUUUUGUUUUACUGUAUAAAGUUUCCAGUUGCUUUAA